CGAAAAGUUCAUUUUUUUUAAUAAUACAAUAAUUUAAAGAAGAGCCCUAGUAGCUUCCCUUCACAAUGCCUGUUUUAGAUGUUAGUAAUCCGAAAGUAAUCAACUUUUUGUUAGAAAACUAUGAAAAAGAAAGUCGCCUUCGGAUGAAAUGGAUACAACUUCACGCAGGUAACUUUGCUAAAGCUGCUACGUUUACUCGAGAAGAGAGGAACUACACCAAAGAAGACAUAACGAAAACUGUGAUAGAAGCUGGUAUGAUAGCCACUACACGGGAUCAUAUUACUGCAGCAAGACAUAGGACUACUGCACCCAUUCCUGACUAUUUACUAGCAAAAGUUGGUGCAACUGAUAAAGAAGUUAUAGGGUCAAUGAAGCCGGUUGCGCGCGAAGUGAAGGACACUUUGCAGGAGAGUACGUUCGAAUACCUGAAGAAGCGAAGUAAAUUGAAGCCGGAGGACAAAUACAAUUUUACGGAGUGUUCAAACUGGAUGUAUGGGUGGCAGCUGGCUGAAAGUGAGAUCAGGAUGUCUGGACCUGCGCAUGGGCAGGUGCAUCAUUUGCUGCGGAAUCUGCGCAGCCGAGUGGGGCCGCAACGGGACCCUGACCAUUAUGGCGCUCCAGACAUUGGUCACACACUCUUUGCAACCAUGUAGGUUAUAAUUAGAUUUACAUAAAUAUUUUUACGCAAAAAUACCUAACU